AUGGAAAAUUACGAAGAUUUAUCGGAAACUUUUCUACCUCAACGUUAUCAAGUUAACGUUUUCAUAUUAGAGGGUAGACAUUUGGCUAUAACAAAAUCAAAUACAAAAAUAACCGUAAGGAUAGGUAAAAAAAAAAAAACGAUACAUUCGAAAAAGUAUAAGACAGAUUCACCUUUUUAUAAUAAUUUUUGCACUUUUCCAUUUUUUAAACCGUUAAAUUUACUCUUGCAAGAAAUAUUAGUGAUAAAAGUUUUUCAAAUACGUAAAAUAAAACCUAAAAAAUUGAUAGGCGGAUUUAAAGUCGAAUUAUCGGCGGUUUGGACACAACCCAAUCACAGAUUUUAUAAAAAAUGGGCGGUUUUAUUCGAUUUGAAAAAUAUUAACUCCGGAGUGAGAGGAUUUUUAAAAUGCGACAUAUCGAUAAUAUCGAAAAAUUUCCCAUCCAAAUUAUUGGAUAUAAAAAAUGAUGACGUAGGAGAUGAUGACGAAACCGUUGAAAAUAAUUUAUUGGUACCGACAGGAGGAAUUUCCGAUAGAUUUAGAGUUCGUUACGUAUUUUCAAUAUUUCGCGCCGAUAGUUUUUCAUCGGAUUUUCUAUUGAAAAUAAAAAAAAAAUAUUUUAUUAGAAUAACCUACGGUGGUAAAAGUGUUAAAACUCGUUUGGCACAUAAUUUAGAAAAUCCGACGUGGAACCAAGAAUUAACAAUGCUCGAUGUGAAUCCUCCACUUUGUCAAAACAUAUUGGUUGAAGUUUGUCAAAGAAAUACAAAAAAUUCUUUUCUGGGUAACGUCUACGUUAAUUUACAUAACAUUUACGAAGAUGGCGUCGAUGGUUUUCUACCGACUUUGGGCCCUUGUUUUUUAUAUCUUUACAGUCCAAUUAAAUCCCGACAGCGUUUGAUCGAAGGAUCAAUAAUGGAAAAUACUCACACGUAUUGUUGUCGAUUGCUAAUGGCAAUGAGAACGGAAGUCAUAACGUUCGACGAAAUGUUUUUUCCGAAAAAUAAAAAAAACAAGCGAAGUAAUAAAAAAAAACUUUUAGCUAAACCCAUACCGCCAUUAAAUGAAAAUUUAUAUUUUUCCUACAAGAAAUUUAUUUUGUUCGGUGCCGUUUUAGACGUUUUAUUUUUCGACAGGAGUAUAUCGGAAAAUAGUUUAACGAUAAAAUUAACAUUUGGGCCGAAAAAAGAAUCGAAAUUUUUGUCGAAACGUUCGAAAGCAACAAAACCACUACCGGAAACGAACGAUGAGAAAGACGCGCCAACGGAUACGUUAAAAGUCAUAAAUGUUUCAAAAAAUUGUAACACGACGGAUAAAAAAAAUUUAAAAUUUAAAGGGGAUUAUUGUUACGUUAAAUUUUCCGGGUAUUUUCCAUGCGUUCACGUUUACGGCGAAUGGCCGGAUUUAUUAAGAAAAAUUUACAGGACGAACGUUAUAAAAAAAGGUAUAGAAAAAUAUAGGGAAGAAGUUAACGAAGCCAAACACGAAUUGGAAUACGAAACGGAAAAACGUCACGAAUUAUCGAAAAAAGCUAAAAGAAUAUUGGAUAAUUUUUCCGAGAGUUGUCAACUUAUUUUAUUAUCCACGAACGUUUUAUCACAACAAGACACGAAUCUCUGUAGGGAAAAACGAAGAGUUUGUCACGAACGUUUGUUGGAUAUAAUAAGCGACAUAAAAUCGGAAAAAGAAAAAAAUUUUCUCGUCGGAAAAAAUAAACUGUCGGAAAUGGAAACUCACGUCGACGUAUUGACAAAAUAUUCGCAAGAUCCGGAAAAUUCGUAUCCGGAUACGGAAAUAUGGAUUUAUAGAAACGGAAUAAAAAAAUCUCAAUUGAGAAUAAAAACUGAAGACAUAACGUAUUCUUCGAACGUUCACGAACGUGGAAUUUUCUGUGGUAAAAUUCAAACGCUCAUUGUUCGGGGUAAAAAACAAAAGAUAAAAGGAAAAUUAGAUGUUUUCCUAUGGUUCGGUUUAGCUGAAAAUUUCAUAGAGUGUUUAAACAUGUUACCAUCCGGAUCGCAAUUUAAUUAUUGUCCAUCGAGUUGGGAUUCGAGAAUUCCGAGCACAUUAAUUUAUAAAGAAAGCCACACGUAUGAGUGUCACGUUCACGUUUUUCAAGCUAAAAUUUUUAACGGUUUUGAUAAAACCGGUCUCGCGGAUCCAUUUAUAAGAGUUAUCGCGUUCGGAGAAACUAUAACGAGCAAAGUUAGAAAAAAUACGCUUAAUCCGAUAUGGAACGAAACAAUUGUUUUCCCACAAUUGAUAUUAUACGGUCCUUCGGAUUAUUUAAAAAAAGAUUCGGUAACGUUCGUUGUCGAUGUUUUAGAUAAGGACACGUCGAAAAAAGCAGAUUUCAUCGGUCGAAGUUUUAUAAAGCCUAAAUUGAAAGAAAUAAAAGGGGAAAAGAAUAAAAAAUCAAAGGAAAAUGUGGAAAAAUUAAAAUGGGAGAAAAUACGUAAGGAUUAUAAUCCUACGGGUGAAAUUUUAAUAGCCAUAGAUCUCGUCGAAAUCACAAAAGAUGUAAAAUCGGAUGCAAAAGAGGAUUACCAACCUAAAAUAUCGGAUAUAAUACCCAUACAGGAAAAAUACAGAAUGGAAGUUUUAUUUUGGGGCGUGAGAGAAUUGAAAAGAAAAAGUUACAUGAAAAAUAAAAUGUUUUCCGUUAUGGAAAUCGGAGAAACGUCCAUCAAAUCGAAAAGUUUAAAAAAUGCGAGACACAGAUUGAAUUUCCCAUAUUCCGUUGAAUUUUCCGACAUUGAACUACCGGAAAAUCCCGAAUACGCUCCUUCACUAAUGGUAAAACUCUUUCACAAAAGUUCAUUCACAAGAAAAAAACAAUGCGUUGCCGCGUGCGUGGUACCGAGCGUUACGCGUUUUUUUUAUUUUCCCAAAGAUAAAUUAAAUAAUAAUAAUAAUGAUCGAAAGGAAAUAAUAGAUUAUAAACCAAACGAUAAAUUUAAACAAAACGAUCUAAUCUCAAACGAAACGAUCGAAAUGCCGGAAAUAAACGUAAAAAAAAAAAUUGAAAAAUUUAUAAUAAUUUUUUUUGAACAAAAUCUACUCGAAAUAUUCCUACAAUUUAUUGAUUAUUUAAAAAAAAAAAUUUCUAUUUUACGUGAUGGUCGUGACGUCAAACCGAUGCGUAGAAAUUUUCCCAAGUAUCAAAAAAUGAAUAAAGGGCCGGAAGGGGUGGAAGAAGACAAAAAAAAAUUAGAUUGGUGGGCGAGAUAUUACACUUCCGUAAACAGUUCUUAUUACAAUAAUGGCGUCACGCCAUUGAAAAUUUAUCGCGAAGAACUCGAAGAACAAAAAGAAUUCAAUGGUUUUACAGAUUUUUUACAAAUAUUCGACAUGUCGAUCAGUCCUUUUAUGAAAAAGAAAAAAGUUUCUCUGGCAAAAGUAAAAGCCGCCGUAAAAAUAUACAAAACUCCAAAAGAUGAUGACACGUUUCAAAAUGGCGUAUUACCAAAAUUCAUGACGAAUGAAAAUUUUAAAUACAUCGUUAGAGUUUACAUCGUUUUAGGUAAAAAUUUAACUCCUAGAGAUAUGUAUAGCAAAUCCGAUCCUUAUUUACACGUUACUUUGGGCAAGCACAAAAUAAGCGACAGGAAAAAUUUCAUUCCGAAACAAUUAAAUCCUACGUUCGGUAAAUGUUUCGAACUCAAAGGUACGUUUCCGCACGAACAUCUUUUACACGUUAAAGUAUUCGAUUACGACAAAUCGUCCAAAGACGAUUUGAUAGGAGAAACGAUUAUUGAUUUGGAAAAUCGUUACUACAGCAAACAUCGUGCCGCGUGCGGUUUGUCGCUACAUUUCGACAAACACGGAAACAACGCUUGGAGAGACGCGUACCCCCCAUCGUACAUAUUAAAUAAACUUUGUAAAGAAUCAUCUCUACCUUCUCCCGUCUACAAACAAAAUCAGGUGAUCAUUGGAAAUUAUGCUUUUCUCACGAAAAUCUCAUCCGAUUCCGAUUUCAAAGACGAACAACAAGCACUUUCGGUUUUGCAUAGAUGGAACGAAAUAUCUCCUGUCGGUUUUCAUUUGGUCCCGGAACACGUGGAAACGAGAUCGUUAUAUCAUCCUUCUUUACCGGGUAUCGAACAGGGAAAAUUAGAAAUGUGGGUCGAUAUUUUUCCAGAUAUAUCUCAAAUCAUGCCGCCGAAAAUAGAUAUAAAACCCAAAACUCCAGUUUCGAUGGAAUUAAGAGCGAUUGUUUGGAACGUAGACAAUGUCGUACUCAACGACAAAUCUCUUAUACUAAACGAUAAAAUGUCCGAUAUUUACGUUAAGGGAUUGAUUUUAUCAUUGGAAGAAGAAUUACAAAAAACUGACGUCCAUUAUCGUUCACUGAACGGAGAGGGUAAUUUUAAUUGGAGAUUUAUUUUUCAUUUUGAUUACGUACCGACGGAAGAAGUUAUCGUCGUUAAGAAACCUUUUGGACCUUUCGAUAAAUUUCCCGAAGAAGUCAAACAUCGUUGCAAAUUGGAAAUGCAAAUUUGGGACAACGACGUAUUCGGUGAUGAUUUUUUGGGAAAUUUAAUUUUAGAAUUGACGGCCAUGCCGAGGGGUGCAAAAUUAUCAAAUCGAUGCACGUUAAAAAUGCUCGCAUCCAACACGAAUAACAUAAAUUUAUUUAAAAUAGGAAAAACGAGAGGAUGGUGGCCGUUCAGGAAACUAAAGGAAACACCUAAAAUAGGAAACGAAUUCGAAUUGACGGGUAAAAUUGAUUUAGAAUUAGAAGUACUAACGGGAAAAGAAGCCAUGUUAAAUCCUGCUGGAAAAGGUAGAGAGGAUCCAAAUGGAUUACCGGAACCAUCGAGGCCAUCGACUUCUUUUAACGCAAUGCUUAAUCCUUUCAAAACAUUUAAAUUUAUCAUAACCAAAGAAUUACUUAAAACUUUUAUCAUCGGUAUCAUCAUCGCUUUGAUAAUUUUGUUCUUUCUAAUAAUGAUUUACGCGACACCGAAUUACCUGGUCAAAAAGUUAUUAGGAGCGUGA